AUGCAGGCUCGCUACUCCGUGUCCAGUCCCAACUCCCUGGGAGUGGUGCCGUACCUCGGCGGAGAGCAGAGCUACUACCGCGCCGCGGCGGCGGCGGCCGGCGGGGGCUACACGGCCAUGCCGGCCCCAAUGAGCAUGUACUCCCACCCGGCCCACGAGCAGUACCCGGCCGGCAUGGCCCGCGCCUACGGGCCCUACACGCCGCCGCCGCAGCCCAAGGAUAUGGUGAAGCCGCCCUACAGCUACAUCGCCCUCAUCACCAUGGCCAUCCAGAACGCUCCCGAUAAGAAGAUCACCUUGAACGGGAUCUACCAGUUCAUCAUGGAGCGGUUCCCUUUCUACCGGGACAACAAGCAGGGCUGGCAGAACAGCAUCCGCCACAACCUCUCCCUCAACGAGUGCUUCGUCAAGGUGCCCCGCGACGACAAGAAGCCCGGCAAGGGCAGCUACUGGACCCUCGACCCCGACUCCUACAACAUGUUCGAGAACGGCAGCUUCCUCCGCCGCCGCCGCCGCUUCAAGAAGAAGGACGCAGUAAAGGACAAGGAGGAGAAGGAUCGCCUGCACCUCAAGGACCAUGCCCCGCCGCGCCCGCCGCCGCCCGCCGCCACCACCGCUGAGCCCGAGGGCGGCCCCGCCGGGGGCAGCGCCGCGCCGCCGCCGCCGCCCGUUCGCAUCCAGGACAUCAAGACGGAGAACGGCACGGCCUCGCCUCCGCAGGCCGUGUCCCCCCCGGGCGCCGCGCCGCCGCUCGGCGCCGUGCCCAAGAUCGAGAGCCCCGACAGCAGCAGCAGCCUCUCCAGCGGCGGCAGCCCCCGCAGCACCCUCCCCUCCAGCCGCUCCCUCAGCCUGGAGGCCCCCGAGCCGCCACCGCCGCCCCCGCCGCCGCCCCCGCCGCCGCCCCACCACCACGGCCCGGGUUUCAGUGUGGACAACAUCAUGACCUCUCUGCGGGGCUCGCCGCAGGCCGCCGCCGAGCUGGGCGCCGGCCUCCUGGCCCCCGCCGCCGCCGCCCCGCGCACCGGCAUCCCGCCCGCCCUCUCCCUCGGCGGAUACUCGCCGGGCCACAGCUCGGUCUACGGCUCGCCCUGCGGCCAGGCGGCCGCCGGCGCCGCCACCGGCACCUACCACUGCAACAUGCAGGCCAUGAGCCUCUACGCAGCGGCGGGCGGCGCCGACCGACCCGGCCACCUGCCCGCCGCCGCCGCCAGCCCCGCCGAAGAGCCGCUGCCCGACUACGCCAUGCCCGCGGGCGGCGGCGGCGGCGGGGCGGCGGGCGGCGGGACGGGGGGCGGCAGCGGCGGGGCGCUGGGGCACGGCGGGCUGGGCGGCGCGGCGGGCGGCCACCAGGAGGGGCACCACCCGCACCCGCACCAGGGCCGCCUGGCCUCCUGGUACCUCAACCAGGCGGCGGCGGCGGCGGCGGCAGCGGCGGCUGCGGCGGGAGAGCUGGGCCCGCUGGCGGGCGCGGCGGGCUACGCGGGGCCGCAGCAGGGCUUCGCCGCCGCCCCACGGGAGGUCUUCGAGGCGCCGCGGCUGGGCCUCAGCGCCUCGCCGGGCGGCGGCGGCGGGGGCGGCGGGGCGGCGGGCGGUGGCGGCGGCGGUGGCGGGGCGGGGGGCGGCGGCAGCUGUCAGAUGGCUUUCCCCGGCAGCCAGCCGCUCUACCGCACCUCCGGGGCCUUCGUCUACGAUUGCGGCAAGUUCUGA